CGCGUGACGAGCAAUGACGAGCAAUGACGAACAAAUACGUCAAGCGAUAUGUUAUAAAUAAAGAAUAUAAGGUAGAUGAUAAUUUUUUGCAAUCAGCGUGUAAAUACGCUCUGUUUUUGUUGCUCGGAUCCAAAAUCCUCCAUGUAAAUUGCGUUUGCGACCUAAUGAUGAACCGCUGUUCGUGAUGGUCAGUAAUAACACAGUAACGGUAACCGUAGUCCGUACUCAUGCUCUGCAUUAAACACGGCAGGAGGCACAGCGUCUCGUUGCUGUUUAAUCUAAUUCCGAGGGCCCUUUACUCGCGUCGCAGUGACCGGAGUACGAGCUCUUACAAGAUCAUCAAGUCCAAUGGCGAUUCCUUGGACGAUAUUGACAACAGCGUUUUGGGUGUCAACUCCAAUUGGGAAUUGUUAACGCCAAGCGGUUUUAGAUUUUAUCUUCCUGGAAGUAUAGGACCUGCUUGGCUAGACGCUACUACCACUGCCCAAGUUAAGACUCAGUUCGUUAAACUAUGUGAUAAAGAAGAGUUUAUGGAGCCAUUAAACGAUACAAAUAGAUAUCGAAAAGAUAUAGAAAAUUGGGAGACUAUACGGCCGACAUUGGAUUGUGUGGCUCAGGAAUGUCCUAUUCUUCUACGAAAAAGUAUAGAAGAACUAUUCCCGGGAUGCUUAGAUGUGACUAUGUCACAUCUCACUAUUAUAACUAUUAGUCAGAAAGCAAAUCUUAACUCGAUGAGAUGGCGUAAGGAAACAGAAACAGAAAAACUCGCCAAAUAUUUUGUUUUAGCAGCUUCCGAUAUAUGUACAAAGCUCAAAAUGGUCGGUUACUGGGCAGACUUUAUUAAUCCUUUCAGUGGACAACCCUACUUGAGUCCAAGAAAGGGCGCCAAUCUGUACGAAACUGAUGAACGAUUUCGCUGCGUAGGAUUUAAAGUACAACAGAGGAACAACUGUAGAAUUAUUGUUUCUGAUAGUAGUCUACAAAAUUUUAUUGGAAGUCUUUACACUACAGCGCCUGCAAGCACAGAAUUUUUAAAACAAAUAAUAAACGUUGAUAACGAGGAUCAAUAAAUAUGUGUAUAUAUAUAAAA